ACCCCCAACGCGCCGUCACAGAAGGGCUUCUCAGCCAUCCAUUUAGCAGCUCUACAUGGCCGGCUGGAGUGCCUGAAACUGAUCAUCGAAAACUUUGAGGUGGACGUGAACUUGCCCAGUCUGACGGGAUGGUCACCCAUCCAUCUGGUGAUGAACAAGGAGAGCGGCCCCAACGCAUUGGAGUGUUUGCAGUACCUCAUCGAAAAAGGAGCCGACAUCAAUGUGCAGAACCAGGGAGGAAUGUCCCCACUUCACAAGGCUGCCAGCGAAGGGCGCCUGGACUGCAUCAUUGAGCUGGUGGAAGCUGGAGCUGAUGUCCAUGCCAAAGAUCUAGAGGGGCAGGAACCCUUUGACCUGUGCAAGAUAAGGGCCCACAGAAGCUGUGCUAGAUAUCUGCGUAACGCCAUGUGGAAAAUAGAGAAGCGCAAUUUUGCUUGUGAAAUGCACAAGCUGAACCAACUCAAAAGUCACUGUCAGCGCACCGAACAGCACUUCUUGAAGGUAGAGAAGAAGGAGCAGGAAAUCCUAAAUGCACUGGCAUUUUCUAACUGGCUUAGAACGAAGAAGCAGCAGCAGCCUAAAAAGAUGCCUUUACCGGAGGACAGACUGAUCAUAGCUGCCGUCCCCAAGGAGAAAGUGGGCAAAACACCGUCUGGAGGGAAAAAAGUCCAGGUGUAUGCCAAGCGCAGGGCUACAGUUAGAGAGACACCACAGCCUUCCAGAGGGAAGUCCCAGCGAGCUUGGAAUACCAGCGUCAACCCCUCUUCCCCGGUGGUGACAGACAUCUUCCGACCUACAACCGUCCGGCUGGGCACUGACCCCGAGGUCUGCGGGGAUCACGACUUCAGCUCCUUCUUGUUUCUCUCCAAGGACGCCCGUGGGAAGCCGGUGAUCGAAAUGGCUUACGCCGGCGCCCUACGAUGUGAUCGAGCGGAGCUUGUACCCCGGUGCGCGGCCCCUCCGCAUAAAGCUGCCGCAGGAUUUUAA